AUGGAACACGAGGCUACUUAUGACUUCGAGGACGAAGACCACUUCUGGACCGUUCUCGACCAGACCAUCUCCCGAGACUGCGACAGCCACAGUGGGAUCGACGAUACCUUGCGGUCCUACCUGAGUUUGGUGUGUUCCUUUCGGGAACGCUUUCUGCCCACCGACGAGGAUCUUGGUCGCUGUGCAUUCAAGUUGCAAGAUUCGACCCUCUUUUCCAUCCACGCCGAUUACAUUCGCCGGCAGUUUGUCCAAUGUUUACUUGAGGAGGAUGAACCCGAUAUUGUCCUGGCGUCGACUGCCUUCCUGCUGGCUGAUGCACAAUGCCAUGAGAGGACUUAUGAAUUGUUGAAUGAAGAAGGGGCGUUUCCGAGACUGGUCGAUCUCAUAACGAGCCCGAAGCGACAUGGCCAUGAAGUGCUUCACAGGCUCCUCAUGGAGCUGCUCUACGAAAUGUCGCGCAUCCAGAAGAUCAGUCUCGGUGACCUAGCGCAUGUCAGUGAUGACUUUAUCAAGAUGCUGUUCGAGAUUAUAGAACAGGUUUCCAACGAUGUCGACGACCCCUACCAUUAUCCCACGAUUCGUGUUUUGCUUGUUCUCAAUGAGCAAUACAUGGUUGCGGCGCACGCUCCUACAAGCGGCCAGAAUGCCGUCCCACUUACCAACCGGGUGAUCAAGGUCCUAUCCGCCCAUGGCAGUGAGUACAUGACGUUCGGUGAGAACAUAAUACUCCUGUUGAACCGGGAAGAUGAGACAUCUUUGCAGCUGUUGACUCUGAAGUUGCUGUACCUGUUGUUCACCACUCCUACCACGUACGAAUACUUUUACACAAAUGACCUUCGAGUUCUGGUGGACAUCUUGCUUCGGAAUCUGCUCGACCUCCCAGAAGAGGCUUCCUCGCUUCGUCAUACAUAUCUUCGCGUCCUAUACCCACUUCUCGAACACACACAACUAAAAUACCCUCCAUACUACAAAAGGGAGGAAAUCCGUAAAGUAUUGAUGAUACUCGGUGGCAAUCACGCCAUCGAGAACGCUGGUGCCCCAAGCUGGCUGCCUCCUUGGAGUCAUUUCGAUACCGUGGACGAGACCACGAAGCGGCUUGUCAGGCGAUGCGAAGGAGUGAAUUGGUUGAUGGAUUCCGUGACCGACGCUCCAACAGAGAGCGAAUCGCCCACGGACGACACAGCCUCCAACACUUCGCCUCCAGCUUCGCCAUCGAAAGGCAAACCCCCAGCUCUGCCUGCGCCGCGCAAAUUGAAGAAGCGAGCCUCCUCCAAAGGUUCGACGCAGACAAUUGGCCAGUAUCUCAUCCCUCAACUAGAGAGCGCUCGCCAAUCGAGCCUCAGUAUGAUGGAAGUGGCCGCGCAAAGGGAGAAACCUGGAGUUAUGACGCCUAGUCGCAACCCGAGUUUGAAACAAAACCUUCGGGCCGCGAUAAUGCACAAGAAGGAAAGGCCUCCCCCGCCACCCCAAGCCCGAAGGUCUGGAUGGGGAAGGCCAAACAUGCGGGCCCAUCAAACUGACUUGGAGGUUGCCAAAGCAGGAAUUACAAUUGCGGAACAGGAAAUCAUAACCGAAAAUGCGAGGCAUCGCUACGAUCACAGUCAUCAGGCGAGACAUGCCCCGGUGCCAGGGGUUCCAGAAAACGGGACGGGCACAUCCCAACCAUUUCAAGAACCGCCUCCGGUACCGUCCCGUCACAAAGGACAUUUCAAGAAGCCUCCGCCCACACCCAAGGCACGUCGUUGGCGGGUCAAGCGUGGUAAAGAGGAAGAUGGAAACUGUGGCACAAAUGGGCCUAGGCAACCCGGAAAAUUCAAUUCGAAUCUACCUUCGAUUGUGACCACUACGACCAAAGGAGAAGAUAUCCCAGAGCAAAGCCCAUCUUCGCCGCAAGAAAAGACAUUCAGUCUGGUUGAUUCGGUAUCUGCAGGGUCAGCGGGAAGCAAUGUGAAAGUGCCAGUUAGCCAGGCUCUGGAGAACGCCCAGGCGCAGGUUGUGGAGGCUAUCACGGACACCUUGGAACAUGUUGAUCUCAAGGCGGACCAGACGAGUAGUAAUGCGAGAAAUAGCAACGACACCGGGUUGGAAGAACUGAGCAAAGGGACAGAGGUCAAUCAUAUCGCCGAGGAGACCACCGAAACCAGCACUGAACGAAUUCAGGGGCAUUCUCAGGACGACGCCGAACCUUGCUUCCACGAUGCCGUCAUGAACCAACCCCAACCAGUCUCUCAAGCUCCGUCUCCUGCUCCUCAGCCAUCGGACAGGAACGAAAUCAAGAUUAUCGCGCCGCUCGAAACGAGUUCCGCCGUACCAAUAGCGCAUAGGCCGAGAAUGGUCCUCACUCCCCCAGCGCAGGAACCCGUGCGCGGUGUGCCAGGACCGCAGUACGAACUUGAACGAAGUCCGUUUUUGACGGACGAAGAUGAGGAGGAGGUCGAGGUCGAGGGCGAAGGCGAAGGCGAAGAGAAAGAGACGGAGAUAGAGAUACGGGGCCGAUGA